UUUACAGCCAGACCUUAUUUGCAGACAAAAUAGCAACACCUGUACAAUGCUUUUCCAUGCAUGCCCAUAAGUUUUUGUGUGAUUGUCUGCUUAAGUAUCCUGUGCUAGCAAAUUUCAUUAUCCAACAACUUAUGUGUAUUUGGUCACCAUACUUUAAUGAAAGUGACAAUGAACUGCAAGACAUUUACAAGGAAUGUAUUGAUGCAUGUAUUGAAAAUAUGGAGAAAUUCAGUUGCGGUGCAUCAAAUGAAACAAAAGAUAUCCCUACCUCAAGUCACGUAAUAAGAACAAAAAUUAUUGAAAGUGCAUCGGAUUCAGAUAACACAGCAUCAGUACUAAUUUUUCUUGUCGCCUUAUGGAAAGUUUCAGCAGGAAAAAAUGAACUUUUAGUGAAGCAUAUUUCAGAACAUCUUCCACCAAUAUGUGAAAGAAUGGUAUUGGCUGAACGAGAAAUUUAUUUCAGUCUCAUAGCUAGGAAUGAUGUUGACCAGCUGAAGACAUUUCUGGAUGCAGAAAAUGCUUUUUACAGAAGGAUAAAGACUGAUAUGUAA